AGAGAGAGAAGUUGGGGGUGGAGGAGUGGUGAUUGAGCGCAAAGGGGGCAGGACGUUUUCUCUCCGGGUCCUAUUAAGAGCAAACUUUGUGUUUUUGUUCUCCAACUUUAGCUCGGUGCACUCCAGUCUGUGCACAGUCCCUCUCGGCUGCUCUCUUUCUCUUCCUUUUUUUCCUCAGUGUUUGCUCGCCUGCUCUGUACUACUGUUUGUUUUUGCAUGGGGGAUUUGGACACCGGCAGGAUGCGCUUUUUGGAGGAACACAUCCACAAAGUUGUAUUCUUGGCUGGUCCUGGGUUGUUUUAGUGAAUAUAUAGAUGUUUUUUGGGGUUGGAAUGAACAAUGAUGUGGCUCCUUGAUGCUCUGGCCGGGAGCAUGCUCUGGUUUCGCCUACUGUUGCUGUGCGUCGUGGAGUUGGAGCUGGGAGAUGGGGUUCCUACUUUCCAGGGAUUCUAUCUUCCACCUGCGAAUAGGUCGAUUUUCACACCUGCCCGGAGGACAGAUGGGGUCGUACGGACCAUCGACCGGAUUUACCACGGAGGGGGGAAGGUGGGCUACCUAGUGUACCUGGAUGGGAGACGGUUUCAGCUGGACAUGGAGCGGGACGAGUCGCUGCUGUCGCAUCACUUCAGCCCCCAGUAUAUGAUCGCUGUGAUGGGGGAGAGCCAUGCGCCGUUACAGCGGGAGUGCGUGUACCGCGGGACAGUGGACUCCGUCCCGGAAUCCCUGGCCGUCUUCCGUCUCUGUGGCGGGGGUCUUGAUGGUUUCUUUGCCGUCAACAAGACGCACUACACCAUCAUGCCUAUCAUCAGGGCGAAAGGACAUAAGCACGACGUGCGUGCCCUGCAAGACAAGGACGCCGAGAGCGCGCUCCACGUGUUUGUGCGCGAGAGCUUCAGCUUUGAGGCAACGAGCGAAGGGCGCGAGAGCUGCGGGACGCGCGACGGGCAUAGAGGACGCAAGGAUGCGGCUGAAAAACGCUGGCACAGAGGUCGCGGGAGGGGUAGACAGGACAGAAGAGGGCUCAACGCGAAAAACACUGAUGACCAUGGCGCCCGUGGACCGAGAUGGUGGAGCCGGCUCGUUAAAGCGGCCUCUCCAGACACCGGCACGCGUCAGAAGAGGUCCGUCUCACGCGCCAGGCACGUGGAGCUGCUCCUGGUGGCUGACGACACCAUGACAAAGAAAUAUGGCAAAGAAUUAAACCACUAUUUGCUCACACUGGCCUCAAUCGCCUCCAAGCUGUAUGGGCACGCCAGCAUUGAGAACCCCAUCCGGCUGUCGGUGGUGAAGGUAACCACAUUCACUGAGAAGGAGAGGGGCCUGGAGGUGUCCAAAAACGCCGCGGCAACACUGAAGAGCUUCUGCAAGUGGCAGAACCAACAGAACCCGCUGGACGAAGACCACCAGCACCACCAUGACGCCGCCAUCCUCUUCACCAGGCAGGACCUCUGUGGCCACCACUCAUGCGACACCCUGGGCAUGGCGGAUGUAGGCACCAUCUGCACUCCACAGAGAAGCUGCGCUGUCAUCGAGGAUGAUGGGCUUCAUGCUGCGUUUACUCUAGCACAUGAGAUAGGACACCUGCUCGGUUUGUCCCAUGACGACUCCAAGUUCUGUGAGGAGCGUUUCGGAGUGAACAGCGACAAGCGGCUCAUGUCAUCUAUCCUCACCUCCAUUGACGCCUCCAAGCCCUGGAGCCGCUGCACCUCGGCAACCAUCACUGACUUCUUUGAUGAUGGCAACGCCGAGUGUCUCCUCGAUUACCCUCGCCAGCCCCUCCUUAGCCCAGAGGAGCUCCCAGGACAGAGCUACGAUGCCGUCCGCCAGUGUCGCCUGGCCUUCGGUCCCGAGUAUACGGUGUGCCCAGGCAUGGACGUCUGUUCUCGGCUGUGGUGCGCUGUGAUCCGCCAGGGCCAGAUGGUGUGUCUGACCAAGAAGCUGCCAGCAGUGGAGGGAACGCCCUGUGGGAAGGGACGCAUCUGCCUGCAGGGAAAGUGUGUGGACAAGACCCGCAAGAAACACUACUCGGCGUCCAACCAUGGCAGCUGGAGCUCCUGGGGUCCUUGGGGUGUGUGCUCCAGAACUUGCGGAGGUGGGGUGCAGUUCGCCCAUCGUCUGUGCAACAACCCUCCACCGCGGAACAACGGCCGCUACUGCACUGGGAAGAGAGCCAUCUAUCGGUCCUGCAGUGUGACACCGUGUCCAGCAUUGAAUAAAACUUUCCGCCAGGAGCAGUGUGAGGUGCGCAACGGUCCCCAGACUGAUCCUAAAGGGGUGAAGACCUUUGUGGAGUGGGUACCAAAAUAUGCAGGAGUUCUCCCUAAAGAUGUGUGCAAGCUGACCUGCAGGGCAAAAGGAACAGGAUACUAUGUGGUGUUCUCUCAGAGGGUGGUAGAUGGGACGGAGUGUCGUCCUUACAGCAGCUCAGUGUGUGUAAAGGGGAAAUGUGUACGAACAGGCUGCGAUGGCAUCAUUGGUUCCAAGCUGCAGUUCGACAAGUGUGGUAUAUGUGGAGGUGACAGCACAGGAUGUAUACGUGUCGUGGGCAACUUCACCAAGAAGAGCAAGGGCUACACUGACAUAGUGAAGAUCCCUGCAGGCUCCACCCACAUAAAGGUUCGUCAAUACAAAGCCAAGGAUCAGACCCGCUACACUGCCUACCUGGCCCUCCGACGGCCCAAUGGCGAGUACCUCCUAAAUGGCAAAUUCAUGAUCUCCACCUCAGAGACAAUCAUCCUACUCAACGGUACUGUACUCAACUACAGUGGCUGGAGCCAAAGGGAUGAGUGGCUUCACAGCAUGGGGCCUGGGCCCCUCCAGGAAGCCUUGGUGAUCCAGAUUCUAGCAACAGAUGCUAAACAGCCCCUGGAUGUUCGUUACAGCUUCUUCAUGCCCCACCGGACUCCUCAGCAGUCGCUGGCUCCGUUCAUCCACAACCCAAAGUCUAUACCUUUGCAGAGCACGACGACGGUCUCAACCACGACAAGAACCAGCACCACCACCAGUACCUCCACUACAUCCUCCUCUGCUACCCCUACCCUGGUGCUAGGUCCAUCUACAGUUCCAGGCCCCUCAACCCCAACCCCAGCAUCCCAGUGGGUUACAGGUCCUUGGAUGACCUGCUCCAGGACUUGUGACAAUGGCUGGCAGAGUCGGACAGUGCAAUGUAAGGAUCCAGAUGGGAAACUGUCCAAAUACUGUAUACUGAGCACCCGCCCCUCUGCCUUCAAACACUGUCUGGUCAAGCUCUGUUGAGGGUGUAGGAAAGGAAAAAUGACCUGUAAGACAAGAAACAGUGUGUAGGGAGAUCUGUGCUUCUGAUAAAGGUCUCAGGUGCUGGAAGUAGGACUCAUGAAUGAACCAGUGAAUUUAAGACAAUGAACCUUAAUUGGACAUUGAAUGUUGACAGAAAGGGCAGGACCUAUUCACAGAGAGACUUGAACAGAUUGGUAUGGGUUAUAUUGAACAGGUUAACUUUUUGCCAGAUGAACGUCCUGGGAUCCUAGUAGCUCUGCAGUGCUCCCGUUCACAGAGGGCAUGACUGUGGCAAGUAUCACCCUGACAUAGCGGAGGACUUCAGCUGCAUGUUAUUUACACAUGGACUGUCUUUACUUCAGUUUCCAAACCCUGGAGGCCUAGUGUGCGUUGCCCUGUAAUGUCACUUGUGUUAUGUCUUUUGUAUGCUGUGUUCUAAUCACUGUGGGGAUUUGGAAGUCACACCCCUUUUGUCUUUUGUCAUGAGUGUGUCAGAGACAAGCGCCCCAGUGAUGGGAAGCACUCGUUAUUGUCAACUCUUCUGUCUGAUCUACAACCACCAUGCUAUGUGUCAGGGUCCUGGAUUGCAAUGCGCCUUAACAUGGCCGUUUUUGUAACUGAGGGGCACAUAAAAUUUGUUACUGAAAGAAUACUGAAAAUUCAUUGGAUGGUGGGUGAUCUUUGUAGCAAUGUUCAAAACAAUGGCUCAGCAACAACAGGAACUUAGAAAGCUGUCUUCCACUAAAAAUUACACAGGAUUUUUUUUCAUUACCAGCUUGACUUCUACUGACAUUACUGAAUAAAACAGUGGUCACCUUCAUUACUUGCUAAUAUUUGUCUCAUAAAGAACUGUACCAACCAGCCAGUGACUGAAAUGUCAGGAGAAAUGUUCAGGAGAAACACAUACACAUGACGGUUCUGGAUCAGCGCUACCCACAUACCCUGACUGUGAGUGUUCUCUGUCUCUGUUUGACUGAUAUUUCCAGUUGAAAACUGGCAAGCACAAGAAAAUGGAAGGCAGAUCAUCAACUAUUUUACUUGACAGUGCAUUCAAAAGGAAGUCUUUGACUAUGGUUUCCAGCAGGGUGAUUUGACGACCAAGAACGAACAGGUAAACCCAGGCAUGCUCUGCUCAUGUUCUUGAGAAAUUUCUCGUUUUUUGGGAAGGAUUUUUACCCUAGACAAACAAGUCUACUGAAUUUCACCAGUUCAGAGUAUAAACAGCAGUGUGCUGGGGUGAAAUAGAAGGGAGGGUAUGGUGGCCUUCAGAAGACAAAACUCACAACAGUUAAAUCGAAAAAGAGGCAAUAUAACCACGAGACUCCUUAACAUUUAGGGAGGUUAACAAUGAAUCACAGGUUUGGGGAAUUUUUUUUUUUUUAAAUGUGUAAGUGUCUCUUUGUGUGCAUGCUAGCACGUCCAUGCACCCAGGCCUGUGUUUAAAGCACAUACAAUAUGUACCGUGAAUAAGUGUUUUGUUCGCUACUGCAUCUUGAGGCUUCUUUAUUGUCCAGUAUGAGUUGUUACACUGGUGCUGGGAGGUUUACGGUCCUCGUGUUUUUUGCGGUAGUUAAUAUCUUUGUUUAUCGCUUUAGGAAAUGAUACUAAUUUGACAAUGUGUGCCCAGGAUAGUCACAAUGCAGUCAUUAAUAUCCUUUUGCAAUUCAGUUAUUUCUUCAUUUUUCUUUUAAUAACUCAGCCUCUGUUUUACUCUUACAUCCUGUGUUAAAAAAACAAAACAUGGUGGACAUUACCACGGCUCUCAUUGGCAGUAACAACAUCUCUCUGUGUGGCAGAUCUCACCCACCUGACACCCAACAAGAGAAAACAGCAUGAGAAACAUUUUCAGAUACUACAUGACGCAGGUCAACAUACCACUCAUGACUCACCUCCUGCCUCACACAUUCUCAUUUACUACACAAUGUAGACAUUUUUGAGCAUGAAUAGCUCUUUCAUAUAUGUAUUAGUAUUCAACCAUAUAUACACAGAAAUUUACACACACAAUUAUACAAUCCCUCACUCACAGUAUUUGAACGUUUCAGACAUGCACAUACACUUACACAACCUACUCUGACUCUUCCAGUGGGGACAUCGCUGAACGACAGAAACACAGCACUGAACUUGUAAUUUAUUGUUUGUACAACUGGUAUGUGUGAAUAAAAAAACAAUGAGAUGAGUUUUAUUUAUUAUAGUAAUUUUGUAUCAAAUUACUAUUUAACAUGGAAUAUAUGACUGUGCAGACUUUCCUUUGUAAGAAUAGUGUUUUUUUC